AUGGGCGCUUUAGAAGAGGGGCACUUCAAUGAGGAGCUAGAGAAUGGAGUGAAGGUGGGAGGUUGUAUUGAGCUGGAUUUUGAGGAAGAACCGGAGACUUUGGCAAUAGAAGUUGCCGUGAAAACUCUAUUGCAGGGUUUGGGCGAAGAUUUUAAUCGCGAAGGUCUCCGAAAAACGCCCUUUCGUGUCGCCAAGGCCCUUCGAGAAGGAACCAUAGGUUACAAGCAAAAGGUGAAGGACAUUGUCCAAGGCGCUUUAUUCCCGGAAGUUGGCUUGGCAAGUGGAAUUGGUCAUGCUGGAGGAGCAGGUGGGCUUGUGAUGGUGCGAGAUCUUGACCUCUUCUCAUACUGCUAUGUUCCAGCUGGGCAGCAAGUGGUUGGCCUAAGCAAGCUCUAUAGGGUAGCUGAAGUCUUUGCAAAACGGCUCCAAGAUCCACAACGCCUGGCAGAUGACGUUUGUUCAGCUUUACAACUUGAAAUCAAGCCAUCAGGUGUUGCUGUCAUUCUCCAGUGUUUACACAUUCACUUCCCAAAUUUUGAGUCGGCAUUUCUGGAUGCAAACCACCAAGGAUGGGUGAAGAUUUUGGUUAAUUCAGGUUCAGGAGUUUUUGAAAAUGAGAAGGCCGAUAUUUGGGGUGAGUUUUUGAGUCUACUAAAAUUCAGAGGCAUAAAUUUAGAAUCCGAUUCCAAAGGAUCUGCUGACAAAUGGUGGUGCCCUUCUUGGUCUUCCUCCAAUAUAGGACCAGCCAGUUCAGGAAUGAUUACUGCAGUAGCUUCAAUUAUCCAAUCUCUGGGUGAAGACCCAUCAAGAAAAGAGCUGAUUGGAACUCCUAAUCGUUUUGUGAAGUGGCUGAUGAACUUUAAGAAUACUAACUUGGAUAUGAAAUUGAAUGGGUUUGUUCGUGGUAGAAUUGCUCCUUGUAAUAUUAAUGGGGAGGCCAGUCCUAAUGAAGAACAUGUUGAGUCUGAACUAAACUUGCCAUUUUGGUCCCAAUGCGAACACCAUUUACUUCCAUUUCAUGGUGUCGUGCAUAUAGGAUAUUUUUGUGCCGGAGGAGUGAAUCCCAUUGGAAAAUCCCUUUUACACUCAGUAGUGCAUUUCUAUAGUUUCAAGCUCCAAGUACAGGAAAGGCUCACUAGGCAGAUUGCUGAGACUGUGUCAUCGGUAUUAGGUGGAGAUGUCAUGGUAGUGGUAGAAGCUAAACAUACUUGUAUGAUCUCUAGAGGGAUUGAGAAGUUUGGUAGUAGUGCAGCUACAAUUGCUGUCUUGGGUCGAUUUUCAACUGACCGUGCUGCAAGGGCUUUAUUUUUGAAGAGCAUUCCAAAUUCUUCCAAUUCUGGAAUAUGAUUGCUAGUCCUAAUAUUGCUGAUAUAUGGUUUCAACAACAUAUUUUCCUCUUUAUGCACCUUUCUUCGACCUGGGGCUGUCUGUUGUGGCACAGGCAUAACAGUAUGAAUUCAUACAUAGAUCUUGAAGUGAACUCGAAGAGAUGGGGUUCCUGCUCAGGGAAUUUUCAGUGCAAGGUGAUUACUUUUUGAUAUUGAAAUGUCAAGAUAAAUGAGUAUUCAAUUUCUUUUGGCAGUUAUUUUUUUUGUCGGGUCUUUUUGAAAAAUAAUUCUCUCCUUAUUGUUUGUAGCAUAGAGAUGGCUUUGUACCCACAAAUUGCCAAUGAUUUAUCGAGUAAUUAUUGCCAUCAAAGUGCCUUAUAUUUUCG